AUGUUCAACAAACACGUCACCUAUUAUGUUCGUUUCACCGGGUUUAGUUUAAACACUACUGACGAAGAAAUCAAAAAAGUCGUAGCACCAUAUGAGAUAUUAACAUUUGACAUCCCACGGUUCAAAAAGGACACUCCACUCACGAAAUACAUCAUCGAAACAAAAACCCCAGAAGACGCGUUGAAAACAAUUGAAAAGAAAAACAAAGCCCCAUGGGAAGACCGAAAGAUCACUGUUGAACUCGACAUCGAAGACAAGACUCAAACUACAGCAAUUGCUCGAGGCUUUCCAUUUGGCAAAGAAGUCCCACAAAUCACCAAAUUCUUUAGUGACUGCCCCGUUGAAAAAGUGUUACAGAAAGUCGCUAAGAAAGGCGAAUUGUGUGGAAAUGUAAUGGUUGGUGUUAGAAAUAUUGAAAUAGCAAAAAAGAUAGUAACCGACUUAGACAACAAACCUUUUAAAAAUGUCACUCUGAGAACAAAAGUCUUGGACAUCGCCAAAAAGAACGUCGCGACAUGUUUUGUAUGUGGGUCGUACGACCACAAAUCUAUGGACUGCCCCGAAAAUAAAGACAAAGAGGUGGAGCAAAAGGAGAAGACCGAAAAGCACAAAAAGAAUAGCAAAAAGGAAAUGGAAGAAAAGAGUGACGAUGAAAGUGGUUCAAAAAGUGAUGAAGAAGAACACAGUGAAGAAAGUAGUGAGGAAAGCAGCGAAGAAAGCAAAGGUAAAAUAUAUAAAUCUGACAAACCAAAAUUUAACAGGAACAUUAAAGGCAAUUUUAAAGGUGUUAAAAGAGACUUUAAAAAUGAUAGAAACAAGGGAAAAGGACAAAGACGAGGAAAAUAA